AUGAAAUCAAAUCAGAUUCAUAAACGUCCCUUUGUGUCGUUGAUUCCUCUCGUCCAUCUGGGAAGAUCCAUGCAUUCGGAGGCAGUGUCUUUCAUGAAGAAGAGAGAAAGUUUUUGUGGAUUAUUGGUUGGAAAUUACAUCAAGUUUGGUCCUUCAAGACUACAAGAUCAACUCUUCUCUGGUGAUUUUAUGACUUUUAUUAAACACGAUCAUGAACAAGAAGCAAAACAUUUUGUCGGAGAUGAUGCUCAUGGUCAUAUCUUUGGAGCCAAAAUCAUUGGAGUGUAUUGUGUAACAGUUUCCGAGACAUUACUUUAUCAAAUAGAAACAGUAGAAGAAUUAAAAGGAUUGCUUGAUUUGGAUGAAAAUACUGCUCAAGUGGUCUUUGAUGAAAUGAUUGAGAGAAUGUACAAACAAAUUAUGGAGGAGACUGUUUCCAAAUAUGGAGGUUCAAUCAAAGGCUUAAUUGGAGAGUAUAAAGUGGGUUCAAUCAUUGCACAAUAUUUAUUCGAACGACAAGUGUGGAAGAAAGAGGAAAUGGCUCUUCAAGAAAAGGAAAAUCUCUAUACCUUCCUUUUGGACAAGUAUGUUCCAAAAACGCGUCAGCAAGAUCCUUCGAAUGAUUCAAGUGACUCCUCCAUCACGUCAAGAAUAUUGACCGAUUCAGAUUUGAAUUCCUAUAUUGAAAUGAAAAGAAAAUUCGAGAAGGAAAUUGGUCUCUCUCCUUCCACACCUGAAGCUCUUACCUAUGCAUUCAAGACCACUCUCACGUAUGGCACUUUUCUCGGUGAAGAAAAACAACUCGUUUCAACAGCGAGUCUCAAUUCAUGGAGUGAUUCACAUGGCACCAUUGGUUUUGUGUACACUCUUCCUGAGUUGAGACGCAAAGGUCUCGCUCGGUGCACCUUUGACCUUCUCUUCCAAGACGCCAAAGACCGCUUACGUUUGAAAUGUUUGGAUUUGUUCACCAACACAGCAGACCACUUUUACAUUGCGCUUGGUUUCGAAUUGGUCGGAGAGCAUGACGGUUCUGAGGUGGCUGGCGGAUAUAAAACCUACCCAAAAAUUGAUAUGCUUCUCUUGGUUGCUCAUCUCCGCUCUUCCGUUUUCGAUGAGUUAAAUUUCCUAUGUACACACAUGUGUCAAUCCUUGGUCUCUCUUGUACCACCAAAAACAAAAAGCUCCUUCUUCCAAAUGGUGUCUCACACACCUUCCUUUAUUCUGCUCUGGGCCACAACGAUAGGAUUCGUUGCCUGUGUGGCUUCUUCAUUAUUGGGCAAUUGGAUUCAACCAGUGAAUGCUUCACCAGGAGGAGUCACCUACACAGUGUCCACACUUGUUUCAGGCUUGAAUGCACCUUAUUGCUUGUAUACGGUAUCGUCGAGUCAUGAUGUUUAUGUUUCAGAGUAUAACGACCAUGUCGUAACAAAAGUGACCUCGAGUGGAACGCAAAGCACAUUUGCUGGUAUAUCAGGAUCAUCUGGCAACAGCGGUGAUAAUGGUCAGGCAACAUCAGCAAAACUCAAUAAUCCAGCAGGUGUGUACAUGUACAACAAUGAGUUGUACAUUUGUGAUUACACCAACCACAAGAUAAGGAAGGUAUCUGCUUCAGGAACUAUUUCGACUAUUGCAGGAACUGGACAAUCAGGCAAUACAUACGGUACGGCCACAAGCUCUAAAAUUAAUCACCCAUGGUUUAUCUAUGUGGCAACCAAUGGUGAUAUAUACUUUUCAGAAUGGGAUAGCCACCGCAUCAAGAAAAUUAGUGGAGAUAUUCUUUCAUUAGUAGCUGGAACAGGGUCUGGAGGUUAUAGUGGCGACAAUGGUGCUGCAACGAGUGCACAAAUUAGAAAUCCUUGGGGUUUGGUACUCUCUUCGAGUGGUGAGCUGUAUUUUGCAGAUACUGGAAAUAAUAGGAUUAGAAAAAUAGCAACCAAUGGUGUCAUUACAACUGUGGCUGGAACUGGUGGAACUUCCUCGUCUGCAGACGGAACCAUAGCGUCAAGUGCUCAGCUUAAUCAGGUAAGGAGACCAAUGAUCUUGAAUAACUUAAUUCUCUUUAUAUCUAUGUUAUAUCAUCAAUUCUUCUUGAUCGAUAUGCUUUGCAGCCUGUGGGAGUCUUUUUUCGCUGCAAACGGAGAUCUCAUCUUCACAGAAAAAGAAGAGCAUAAAAUACGAAAGAUUUCAAAUGGUUACAUUUAUACCAUUGCAGGUACAGGCAAUUCAGGAGGAGCUGACGGCGCUGCUACAUCUGCCACCUUUGAUACACCUUCUGGAGUCUUUGUGACAUCGGAUGGAACCAUUUAUGUAUCAGAAAAAACUGGAAAUAAGGUUCGAAAGAUUGCUCCAUCAUGUGAUACAGGAUACGUAUUAAGCUCCGAUGGUACAACUUGCAAUCCUGUAUGUUAUGGAAGUUCUGGAAGUGCAGCAUGUGGAGGUCCUUCUCACGGCUCAUGUUCCUCUCCCGAUGUUUGUUCUUGUACUUCGUCUUGGACUGGCUCUGAUUGUUCUACUCCAGUGUGUUAUGGAAAAACAGGAGAUGGUGCUUGUGGAGGACCAUCGCAAGGUGCUUGUACCGCUCCAAAUACCUGUACCUGUACCAGUAAUUGGAAUGGAACCGAAUGUUCAUUACCAGUAUGUUAUGGUAAAUCAGGCACUGAUGCAUGUGGAGGACCGUCGAAAGGAACUUGUGCAAGUCCUGGCACCUGUUCAUGCACUACUGAUUGGAAAGGCAGCGAAUGUCUUAUUACCACUUGUUUUGGAUUUGAUAGUAACGACCUUGCUAAUGUUUGUAAUGGUGAAGGUACCUGUGUGGAUAAGGACACUUGUUCAUGCUCUACCAAUUAUGCUGGUACUGCAUGUCAAUAUCCAAAAUGUGAUGGAAUCAGUGCACAAAAUACUGGAACAGUGUGUAAUGGUCGUGGUUCGUGUGUGAAUGUGAAUCAAUGCCAAUGUAAUUCAAACUAUACAGGAAAUAAUUGUGAAUAUGCGUAUUGUAAUGGCAUUCCUGCUAAUGACACUACCAAUGUAUGUAACGGAAGAGGAUCAUGUAAUGAUGUCAACGUUUGUGCUUGUUCAACCAAUUAUGGAGGAAAAUUCUGUGAAUAUGCCAAAUGUAAUGGAACCCUUGCAAACGAAACGAGUGUAUGCAGUGGUCGAGGAUCUUGUAAUGAUGUCAAUGUCUGUGUCUGCACAGAUCCCACUCAAUACGGCGGUCAAUGGUGUCAACUCGCAAAAUGCAAUGGCACUCUCUCUGAUCAAACAGGAAGUGUAUGCACAGGAAGAGGAAGUUGCAAUGCACCUGACAUUUGUGUUUGUACACAACCCACAUUAUAUGGAGGAAAAUUCUGUGAACUCGCCAAAUGCAACAACAAACUUUCCAAUGACACAGGAGUCUGUAAUUCAAGAGGUGUUUGCUUCCUUCCAAAUGAAUGUACUUGCACCGACCCAACCAAGUUUGGAGGUGAAGAUUGUGAAUAUCCCAAAUGUUUUGGCAUUCUCCAGAAUAUGACCAGCACUGUUUGUAGUGGACACGGUUCGUGUAAUGCACCCGAUGUGUGUCGAUGCAAUGCUGGGUGGACUGGUCCUUCAUGUGACAUGCCCAUUUGUUAUGGAACGAAUCAAAACGAUACCACGAAUGUUUGUCAUGGUCACGGCACUUGCAACGGACCUGAUCAAUGUACCUGUUAUUCACAAUGGGGAGGUCCCACCUGUGCCUUACCAAAAUGUUUUGGUGUGUUGCAGAAUGUGACUUUGAGUGUUUGCAGUGGACAUGGUUCGUGCGAUGCUCCAGAUGUUUGUGUCUGUAGUACACAAUGGGGAGGUCCAACUUGUUCUCUACCAAAAUGUUUUGGUGUAUUGCAGAAUGUGACCUCAAGUGUUUGUAAUGGACGUGGUAGCUGUGAUGCUCCUGAUGUGUGUCGUUGUAAUGAUGGAUGGGGUGGCGCUUCAUGUGCUCUUCCAAAAUGUAACAAUACAUUGCAAAACGAAAUCACCACAGUGUGUAGUGGCCAUGGUUUCUGUGAUGCACCAGAGGUGUGUCGAUGCAAUCCAGGGUGGACAGGAGCCUAUUGUGCCAUGCCCAUUUGUUUUGGAAUGAAUCAAAAUACAACAGGUAUUUGUAGUGGACAUGGGUCGUGUGAUGUUCCUGAUGUCUGUCGAUGCAAUGCUGGAUGGGGUGGACCUACAUGUGCUCUUCCAAAGUGUAACAAUAUUUUACAAAACGAAACAUCCACAGUGUGUAGUGGACAUGGUUUCUGUGAUGCACCAGAUGUUUGCCGAUGUGAUUCAGGUUGGAAAGGUGCAAUCUGUUCCAUUCCUGUGUGUUUCAAUAUUUUAGCAAACCAAACAUCAAGUGUUUGCAAUGGACGAGGUUCUUGUUACGCUCCUGACAAGUGUAAUUGCAAUCCAAAUUAUAGUGGAAUCCAGUGUGAAAAGACAAGUUGUAAUAACGUUGCUUCAGAUAGUGAGGAUGUUUGUUAUGGACAUGGAACUUGUUCGUCCUUUAAUAAUUGUACCUGUGACAGUGGUUAUGGUCCAUCGAAUACUUGUCAAUAUCCAAUUUGUGGAGGAUAUUUAGCCAAUGACACUCGAGUGUGUAACAACUCUCGUGGAAUUUGUACCUUACCAGAAAAGUGUUCUCCUUUGGAUCCUGUUUGUUAUGGUUUGGCCAAAAAUGCAUCCAAUGUUUGCAGUGGAAAUGGUACUUGUAUUGACUGGUAUGUCUGUCUCUGUAACAAAAGCUAUUAUGGCAAUGUCUGUCAAUUCUGGAAAUGCAAUGGUAAAAACUUUAACGACUCAACUGCAUGCAGUGGACAUGGUACGUGUGCUUCUGCCAAUUAUUGUGUCUGCAACCCUGGAUGGAAUGGUAGAAAUUGUGACGUUCCCAUAUGUGUCGGCAAAUUGGCAACCUCUCCUGAGGUGUGUAACUACAAGAAUGGUACCUGUACCACACCAGGGUCGUGUUCAUGCUUUACUGGAUAUACUGGAAGUGAUUGUAGUAUUCCCAUCUGUUAUGGAAAAUUAGGAAAUUCAAGUUUGGCUUGUACCAAUGGAAGGGGUAACUGUAUGAGUAAGGAUAAUUGUGUGUGCGAUCCUGCCAAAUACGAUGGCAAUGAAUGUCAAAAUUACAAAUGUUUUGGUAUUUCUCAAAUGAGUGUACUUGCUUGUAGUGGAAACGGAACUUGUGUUGAAGUUGAUACUUGUAAUUGUAAGGCCAAUUAUACUGGACCUAAAUGUGACAUUGUGAUGUGUUCUGGAAAAUCCGCUCAAGAUCCAUCAGUCUGUAGUGCUCAUGGCCAAUGUGUUGGUGUGAACAAUUGUCAGUGUGAUUUUGGAUAUUAUGGAUCGAAUUGCGAAUUUACGACUUGUAAUGGAAUUGACUCUGUGAGUUCUCAAGUGUGCAAUUACCUUAAUGGUACAUGCAUGGCUCUUAAUAAUUGUACUUGCAAUUCACGAUGGUAUGGACAAAAUUGUGAAGUAACCUCGUGUUAUGGAACACUUUCUAAUGAUCCAACUGUUUGCUCUGGAAAUGGAAUUUGCCCUUUACCAGAUCAAUGCAUUUGUCGAAAUUCAAGUUAUGGUGGCUCUACAUGUGUUCCAAAAUGUUUUGGAAUUCUUGCCAAUACGAAUGGAGUAUGUAGUGGAAAAGGCACCUGUGUGAAUCCUGACAGCUGUCAAUGUGUGAGUGGUUAUCUUGGAAUUGAUUGUUCACUCUUUUACGUUUCUGCUUCAUCCAUCACUCUUCAAUUCAACAGCUCUAUUGCAUAUGUGAAUGAAGCAUCUACUCUUUUAACACUUUCUGUGAGUCAUCCAAGUUUUACUUCUUCGUACAUGGGAAGAACCAUUCGAGUGGGAUUUGAGUUUGAAUUUAAUGGACAAAUGACAUCAACGAAACAAUCCAUCGAUGUAAUUCCCUCGACAGCCACCACCACAAGUGUCCAAAUACUAGUUCCAUCCUUCUCCAGUGUGGGAUCCCUGAAAGCCUAUGCCCUAUUGACCGACGUUGCCUCUUUGAAUACUGUUUCUGAAAGAGUGCAAUCAGGAAUUCUCACCAUUCAAGUUCUACCUCAGAUUUCACCACCUUCUUCACACUCACGUAAUACAGAUGGAGGAGGAGUAAAUGGUGGUGCUGUGGCAGCUGGUGUGGUGGUUCCUUUGGUGGUGAUUGGAGGUGCAGUUGGAGUGACCGCUGCGAUUGUCUCUGCCGUUGUGUUUAUGAAGAAAAAGGCUGCUGCCUCUGCUGCUAAAGAAAUUGCUGUUGCCCAGCAUACAAAUGUGGAAUUGGCUGAAGGCUUCUAA